UGAAAAAGAUCAUCCUCUCAAAUUGGCUUUGGUCUCUCUCUCUCUCUCUUGAAACCCUAGCCUGAACUACACCGAGUCCGUCAAGAACCUCGAACCCUAAAACCCUACCCAUCUAUUCUUCUCCCAAUCACCAUGGCAAGAAAGCGAAAAUCUCUCGCUGCCGCAACUCCUCCAGUGGCCGAACCCGUUCAGCCCAUUCAAUCCGAGCCCGAGCCCGAAAAACCACAGCCUGAAAAAACCCCAGAAAUUCUAGAAGAAAAACCCCUAAUUGAGAAUAAAUUAGUCGCCGCCGUAGCUGAAGAACCCGCCGCCGAAGACGAAGUAGUCCCCGACGUAGAAGAAGAAGAACCCAGAGUAGAAGACGAAGUAAUCGGCGACGCAGAGGAAGAGGAGGAAGGCGGAGAUGGAGUAGAAGAAGAAAUAAAAAACGACGCCGUUUUAGCCGAUUCAAUAAAAAACGAACAACAGAGUGAAACCACCGAUAAAGCCGCUUCUGUGAAUGGAGACGAAGAUGAAGAGGAAGAUGAAGAUGAGGAGGAAGACGAAGAUGAAGAAGACGAGGAGGAGGUCGAAGAAGAACCCGUGGAGAAGCUUCUAGAACCCUUCUCGAAAGACCAGCUAACACUCAUAAUCAAAGAGGCACUAGCAAAGCACCCGGACAUAGCCGAAAACGUGCACAAAUUGGCCGACGCAGAUCCUUCCCACCGCAAGAUUUUCGUCCACGGGCUCGGCUGGGAGGCAAGCACAGAUACGAUCACAUCGGUGUUCGGCAAGUACGGCGAAAUCGAGGACUGCAAAGUGGUCAAGGACAAAAUCUCCGGCAAAUCAAAGGGCUACGGCUUCAUUCUCUUCAAGCACCGCGUUGGGGCGAGGCGCGCGUUGAAGCAGCCUCAGAAGUUGAUCGAGGGUCGAAUGACGUCGUCGCAGCUGGCGUCCGCAGGGCCGGUUCGCACUGCUUCCCCUGCCGUUGCUGCUGCUGCAGGCACCGCUUCGACACCGCCUCUGUCGGAGUACACGCAGAGGAAGAUAUACGUGAGCAAUGUCUCCGCGGAACUCGAUCCGAAGAAGCUUAUGGAGUUCUUCGCGAAGUUUGGGGAGAUUGAGGAAGGGCCGUUGGGUUUGGAUAAACAGACGGGGAAACCGAGAGGGUUCUGUUUGUUCGUGUACAAGAGUGCAAAGAGUGCCUCGAAGGCGUUAGAGGAGCCGCACAAGAACUUCGAGGGUCAAAUGCUGCACUGCCAAAAGGCAGUCGAUGGACCUAAGCACAGUAAAGGCUUCUUCAACCAGCAGCAGAGUCAGCCGAAUCAACAGCACCAAGAGGGCGGAAACCAAGGGUAUUACGGUCAUACUGCUAAGAAGGGGAGGUAUUCGGGGAGUAGCGAAGGGGUGGGGCAUACGGGUGGACAUUUGAUGGCACCGAGCGGUGGUGGUUCGGCUAUGCCUCCGAUGGGUUUUAAUCCGGCGGUUGCACCUGCGGCUAUAGGGCAGGCUGUGGCGGCUCUGUUGGCCAGUCAGGGGGCUGGUUUGGGUAUCGGGAAUUUUCUUGGAGGGAUGGGGGGCGGUGCGAAUCAUCCGAUGAUGAAUAAUCCGGCUUACGGUGGUCAGGGUGGUGGCGGGUAUGGCGGUCAGCCUGGGAUGCAGGGUGGUUAUGGUGGACAGCCACAGAUGGGGCGCGGUGGUGUUAGACCGCCUCGGGGUGGUGGUGCACCCUACAUGGGCCGCGGUCGUUAGGUAAAUCGGAGAUUCUUGAAAAGUGCAUCAAACUUUUAUUUUUGGACUGUGGUGACCCUUCUGAAGUUCGUGCGCACAUGCAAAUGAAGUCUUCGUUUUACCAAAAAAGUUACCGUUUGCCCAAAGAUUAGAUUCUAAAAGAUGUACUUAACUUCCAUUUUAAACCUUCCAUCUCUUGAAAUUUCUUUUUUCUAAGACGAUGUCUGAGUUUUGGUUUGAAUGGUGCAACCUUUUGAAAGGAUUGAGAACUAUGGGUUUUUUCCAUCUUUCCGGGAUUUGAAAGGGUCUUUCAAUCAUGUAACUUUCUUUAAUUCGCAGCCACUUGAUAACUUUUUUUUUGUUAUGUUAAAAACUUUCUUCCCAUUU